AAGCAAGUGCCGGUCGGAGAUCGUAGUACAGGGUUAGCUUAUGUGAUAAUAAUCCUAAUCGAAGUAGGAUAACACUCUUACGGAUUCAGAAUAUGUAGUGAAGCGUAAAUGUGGAAUCUUUCCUCACGCUGCUAUUCCUUUAAAUUAUUCAAGUUUGCGAAAAUUUUAUUAACUGUGUGCCACGUUGAAAAGCCAGGUCAUAAAUCAAGGAUUUUCAUUUAUUUAUACUAGUAAAAAAUUUAAAGAAUGCUAUUAUUCUUUGAUUGAUGAGAUCAGUUUCUAUUUAUUAACACCUGUGGUUCUGGUGUCAACACCAGUUAUUAUCGCAUUUGACUGAAAAAAGCUAAUGACGAAAGAGGAAUGCGUCACCUGCGAACUGAUGAAGCCUGUCGCCGAUCAUAUGAAGAAGUGGCAACUUUACUUAAUACAGAUAUUCAUAAUGGUUUAUCCUGGCAAGAAGCGAAUCACAGGUUGUCCUUUUAUGGUUACAAUGAAUUUGAGGUGACACAAGAAGAGCCAUUAUGGAAAAAAUACAUAGAACAAUUCAAAAAUCCUCUCAUUGUUUUAUUACUUGCAUCUGCAUUAGUUAGUAUUUGUAUGCAACAAUUUGAUGAUGCCUUUAGUAUAACAGCUGCAAUUGUAAUAGUCGUGACUGUAGCAUUUGUUCAGGAAUAUAGGUCAGAAAAAUCACUUGAAGAACUUAAUAAACUUGUACCUCCAACUUGUACAUGUCUUAGAGAAGGAAGGCAAGAAUCGUUUUUAGCAAAGAAUUUGGUUCCAGGUGAUAUUGUAUUACUUAGCAUAGGUGACAGAGUUCCUGCUGAUCUACGUCUCUUUGAGGCUACGGAUCUUUCCAUUGAUGAAAGCAGUUUUACUGGAGAAACAGAGCCAUCAAAUAAAGUCACAAAGCCUUUGGAAAAAACAAAUGGAAUUCCCAGCAGGCAUAAUAUUGCUUUUAUGGGGACACUUGUUAGGUGUGGAGUUGGAAAAGGUAUAGUUAUUUCAACUGCUGAGAACUCUGAAUUUGGAGAAGUUUUCAAAAUGAUGCAGGCUGAAGAGUCUCCUAAAACCCCUCUUCAAAUCAGUAUGGAUACUUUAGGGAAGCAAUUAUCUUUCUAUUCUUUUGGUAUUAUUGGCUUAAUCAUGCUGGUUGGGUGGAUUCAAGGCAGACCCUUAAUGGAAAUGUUUAACAUUGGUGUGAGUCUGGCUGUUGCUGCAAUUCCUGAAGGAUUACCAAUUGUAGUGACAGUUACUCUUGCUUUAGGUGUGAUGAGAAUGGCCAAAAGAAAUGCUAUUAUAAAGAAGUUGCCAACUGUUGAAACUCUAGGUUGUGUGAAUGUCAUAUGUUGUGAUAAAACUGGGACUUUAACAAAAAAUGAAAUGACUGUAACAACUGUAGUCACAUCUGAAUUGUAUCAUGCUGAGAUUAGUGGAGUUGGAUAUUCAGAACCUGGUCAAGUGAACAUUAUGGAAAGUGGUAACCAUGCACAACAAAUGAAUUCCAUUAGGACUGUUAUUGAGGCUGGAUGUGUGUGCAAUAAUGCUGAUAUUGUAGGUGAUCAACUUAGAGGACAGCCAACUGAAGGUGCUUUGAUUACUGUUGCCAGAAAGUUGGAAAUGGUUGGUGUUAGAGAGCGUUUUACUCGAUUGCAAGAAAUUCCUUUUAGUUCUGAACAUAAAUUUAUGGCUGUUAAAUGUCUUCCACGAUUUGGACUGGGUACAGAAAAAUAUUUUGUCAAAGGAGCAAUAGAAAUAGUACUUCCUAAAUGUACAAAAUAUAGUUAUCAUGGCUCUCCUGUUCUUUUGUCAAAGGAUACUCAUUUACAGUUUAUGAAAGAAGCACAAUACAUGGGAAGAAAAGGAUUACGAGUGCUGUCAUUUGCAUGUGGUCAUUCAUUAGAAGACCUUUUAUUUUUGGGCAUGGUUGGCAUAUUGGAUCCUCCUAGAUCUGGUGUUGGAGAAGCCAUAAAAACUCUUCAUGGAAGUGGCGUGUCUGUUAAAAUGCUAACUGGGGAUUCUGAAGACACUGCUUGUGCUAUUGCAUCUCGAGUUGGUCUGUAUGCAGUUGGAAGCAAUUGUUUAUCAGGUGAUAACAUGGAUAUUAUAAAUGAUGAUGAACUUGCUCAUAUAAUACAUUCUGUCUCUGUUUUCUAUCGAGUGGGACCUGGCCAUAAAUUGCGAAUUGUUAAGGCAUUGCAACGGAACGGUGCUAUUGUUGGCAUGACAGGAGAUGGUGUGAAUGAUGGAGUUGCUUUGAAAAAAGCUGACAUUGGUAUUGCAAUGGGAAAAGUUGGAACUGAUGUGUGCAAAGAAGCAGCAGAUAUGAUAUUAGUAGAUGAUGAUUUUUUUACUAUAAUGGCAGCCAUAGAAGAAGGGAAAGGGAUAUUUUACAACAUUAGAAAUUUCGUUCGAUUUCAACUCAGCACGAGUAUUGCUGCCUUGUCAUUAGUUGCUCUAUCCACUUUUAUGCAUAUUCCUAACCCACUGAAUGCCAUGCAAAUUCUGUGGAUUAACAUCAUAAUGGAUGGCCCUCCUGCUCAAAGUUUGGGUGUUGAACCUGUUGAUCAUGAUGUCUUGAAACAGCCUGCAAGAAAUGUAAAAGAACCUAUGAUCACUAGAGAGCUUAUUGUAAAUGUUAUUCUCUCUGCUCUCAUCAUUAUUACUGGAACUAUGUGGAUAUUUAGGAGAGAGAUGAGUGAUAUGAUGGUCACUAGAAGAGAUACUACUAUGACAUUCACUUGCUUUGUUUUCUUUGAUAUGUUUAAUGCUCUCAGUUGUAGAUCUCAAAUAAAAUCUAUAUUUACUAUUGGAUUUUAUAGCAACCGAAUGUUUCUCUUAGCAGUGACUGGAUCUGUGAUUGGUCAGUUAUUAGUUAUUUAUUUUGCACCAUUGCAAAGGAUAUUUCAAACAGAAGCUUUACCUAUAUCAGAUAUUCUGAUGCUUGUAGCUUUAACAUCUUCAGUAUUCAUUGUAUCAGAAAUUAAAAAACUGAUUGAACGAACACUUCUGCGUAAGCAAACUGAAAAACAGUUUUUUGAUUCUGAUUAUGUGUAAAAAAAAUAUUUUUUUACAGAAAUCAUAUUUUUUGUAAAUUCUAUUUUAUUAAACUUUUCUGUUGAAAAGUUUUAAAUCCUUUUGUUGCAUUUGUUUUAGUACUUUUUUUUUUAAUUUAUUUCUCAUUCUGGAUUCUAUUUCCAUUAUUUAUAUUUUUCAUUUAGAAAAAAUUCAUAUCUCUUACAAUGCCUUUUUAAUACAAUACAAUUGGAAUCUCCAUAUAAAUUUAAUGCUUCAUUAGUUGCUGAUUAUGAUCUAUUCAUUUGUAGCACUGAAGUGUCUUUAUUUUGGAAUAUCAUCCUUGUCUUAAAAAUUUAGCAUUACUUUUGUCAUAAUCAAAGUAAAUGAACUGUAUAUAAGGCUAAGCUUCAACCGAGCUAGAUAUUUAAAAAUUUAAACAAGCAAUUGUGCAUGCUUCUGAUUUUAUAUUUCUACACAUUUCUUGCACAAGAAAAACUGCUGUGAUAAAAAAAAAAAAAAUGUUGAGGAAAAUGUAUUGUUAUAUACAGUUAUAUUUCAUUUUGUAUUAUACUUUCAGCUGUAAUUUAAUUCUUAAGAUCAAAUAUUUUUUAAUCUAGAGAAAUUGCUUAUAAAAUUUAAAGAAAUAUUUAUGUUCUAUUUGAAAGAAAAAGUGGUUAUGCAAUCCUUUGUUUCAUGUUCUUUUUUUUUAUUAUUAUUCUAGUUAGUUUGUUAAGGAAAAUUGUGAAUGUAUAAAGGAAUGAAAAAAUUAUUGCUUUCUUGUACCAUGAAGUGUAAUAUUUUAAAUAUUUCUGGCGUAUUUUUUUUAACAAAUGUUUGCUCUUUUUUUUAUCCAAUGUUUUCUAAAUUGCCAUGUUUUUUUAUUUGAAGAUUUGUUGCUUUAAUUUUUAUACUUAUUGAGUAUUUUAUAUCUUCUUUCACAAAUAUUAUUGCAAAUUAUUUUUAAGUAAUUUUGCUGUAAUAUUUUUUUCAAGUAUUUUUCUUAUAUAAUCUAUUAAGCUAAACACAAACAAUAUUCUUCAUGUGACUUAUUUUAUUUCCAUACAGUAAAAACUAUUGUAGCUAGCAAUGUCAAAAUAAUGGUGCUUUUAAAAGUUUAAAUUUUAGUCUGUGUAGUAUCUGUAAUUGCUCUAUCAUUUCCUCUUAGUGCUUUUAAAAUUGUGAAAUAUUUGCUGAAAAUAUCAUACCAUCAAGAAUGAAAUUAAGUUAAGAAAAAUAGUAGACUCUAAUUAACAAAGUUAUGUGAAAGAAAUAUGUUGAGAAUUAUUGGACUUCAUAAAAUUUUAUGAGCAAAGUUCAUUUGUAUUGGCAUUUGGUUGUGAAUGUAGGACAUUUAAUGCUAUAUGGUUGUAAGUUAUUUAAAGUUAAAUGAUUUUAUCACUUCUAGAAAUUUGGAAUUAAUUUCAUGUUAUGUAUGAGUUUUUAAAAAAAUCUUAAUUUAACUUUUUAUAUUAAAAAUGGCUGAUUUUACUCAUCUGUGCCUGUAUUCUGACGGAAGAGCCACUAUUUUAAUUACUCAGAGAUACAGUAAUUUAAAAGAGAAUUAAAAGGCUAUUAUUCAUCAGUUUUUGAUAAUAUACCAGAAAAAUGUGAUGUAUGCUCAGUUUUCUAAACAUAAUGCAUCUUUUUUAUCACUGGUCUGUAGUUCUGAAUAUUUAAACUGAUAGUGAUACUGUAAGUAUUAGUAAUGACAGUAUAUACAAAUUUGAAAUGUCAGAAUAUAUAUUUAAUUAUACAGACAAAAUUUGGGUUUGAAAUCAUUAAAAAUUCUUUUCACAUUCCUUAGAGACUACAUUAUGUUGUGCCUCAUUUUUAAAGCAUUUCAUCUUUUUUUUUUUUUUUUUUUUUUUUUAAGAAAAAACAUAACCUAGAAAUAAUUUAUAGUCUUCAAAUUUGAAAUCAAAGAAAACUACUUUACAUUACCUAUACAAUUGCUCAAUGCAUGUAAAGAAUCAAAAGGAAAUAAAUUAUGAAAAAGACCAUUAGUGUUGAUUGCACCUCAAUAGAUUGAAGUUUUUUUAUUUCAUAAUGAUGGAAAUCUGGUGCUGAUUAAUAUUUUGCUUAACGCUGUCUAUUAAGAAUGUAAACUUUGUAGUUUAGUUUAAUGUAAGAAUAUAUAAUGCAUUUUUAUAAUUCAUUAUCUUUGGUUUCAACUUCUAUUUUUCCUGGUAAAUUAAGAUAUAUUUUAUUAUUAAAUAUUUAAUUAUUUUAUUUAUUUCAAUUUUUUAUUGUAUUCUAUGGUUAAUAUAAUAUAGAUUUGUUUAUUCAAUUGAUUUAAAUAUUUCCCACUCUUUAAUAUCUUCAUACAUUUUUCUUAAGAUGUAAAUUUGGUUAUAAAGAAUUGCUUUGAUAUAUAAUUGAUAAAGUUUUAUGGUGUUUGUUGCAAAGAAUUCAGUAUUUAAUAAAUUAUUACAAACUAGUCAUUAAAUUAUAUUUAUUUUAUAUAUGCUUAAAAUAAAUUAUCUGUGUUUCUAAAAAAGUUAGUUUAUACAUUUUUUUUUUUUUCAAAUUAAAGAACUAUAAUUAUAAAAUAUUACUUUGUAAUGGCACAUUCAUGUAUUUUUAGUAUAUGUGCAAAACAUCAGUAUAUCUUAUAUUACAGAACAGCACUUCUACAUUGCAAGUUGCAAUUCUUUUAUCUUUCUAAAAUUCAUGAAAUUUUCUGUCAAAAUUUUAUUUAAUUUGUGAAUAAAAUUAUUUUUAAUAAAUC